AUGAAGGGAGAUCCCCCCCUGCAGCUCCGUGUCUUUGACCUCAACUGCUGGGGCAUCCGCUACCUGAGCAAGCGGCGGCAGGAGCGUGUGGAGCUCAUCGGGGACACGCUGCGCCAGGAGGACUUCGACCUGGUGCUUCUCCAGGAGGUGUGGAGCGAGCAGGACUACAGCAACUUGAAGGCGAAGCUGGGAGGCUGCUACCCCUUCUCCCAUUACUUCCGCAGUGGGGUGAUAGGCAGUGGCCUCUGCAUCUUCUCCAGGUUCCCCAUCCUGGACACUCUCCUCUACCAGUACUCCCUGAACGGGUACCCUUACAUGCUCCAGCAUGGGGACUGGUUCUGCGGCAAGUCUGUUGGCCUUGUCGUCAUGAAGAUCUCUGGGAUCCUCUUCAACAUCUACAUCACCCAUCUACAUGCCGAGUACUGCCGGGAGAAGGAUGCCUACCUGCCCCACCGCCUGGUGCAGGCCUGGGAGCUGGCCCAGUUCAUACGACACACCUCAAAGGCGGCGGACGUGGUGCUGCUGGGAGGGGACCUGAACAUGCACCCUGAAGAUGUGGGCAUCCGGCUGCUGUGUGGGUGGACAGGGCUGCGGGAUGCCUUUGCUGAGGCCAUGCACUUUGUGGGCUGUGAGGAUGGCUGCACCCUCAUCCCCAAGAACCGCUUCACUGACAAGGCAGAGCUGCUGCCCUUCCCGCUAGGCAUCCGCAUUGACUACAUCCUCUACAAGGCCAUCUCCAGCUUUGUAGUGAAGUGCAAAGAGCUGAAGACCACCACAGGGACAGCCCCAGGCAUGGACAUCCCCUUCUCAGACCAUGAAGCCGUGAUGGCAACGCUGCACAUCAAGAGGCAGGGACAGGAUGCAGGUGACACCCUUGGCACAGCUGAGCCAAUGAUAGCAGACGUGGUGACAGAGGCACGGACAGAGGUGGGCGUGGGGCUGCGAGCAGCGCAGCGGCAGCGAUACUCCACUGGCAGGAUGGCUGUGCUGGCCCUGCUGCUGCUGCUGGUGCAGGCAACAGCUGCACUGGGCACACUGAUGGGGCUGGGCACUGAACAGCCCUUCCCCAAGCUCUCCUUCUCCCUGCUGGCCUUCACUGCCAUUGGCAUUCUCCUCUUUGCCACCGGUCUGCACCUCUUCCACACCAUGGAGGUGAAGAUGCUGCUGGGCACUGAGGAGCAGAUGCAGAUGGCACUGCGGGCACUACAGGAGCAUCCCCAAGACAGCUGAUCUGGGCCUCUGGGUGUCCCAUGUUCCCUCAUGUGUGUCCCAUGAUGUUCCCAUCUAGCCCCAUCCUGGUCCUUUUUAGUCCCUUUUUCUAGGUGACUUCUGGUUUUAGGCAAGCAGCACUGUGGCCAGCUCUGUACUGCAGAGACAGCAGCUGCCUC